GGCAGCGCCGCCGCCGCCCCGUCUCUGCGGACUCUCGGCGCGGAGCGGCGGCCGCGGCGCCGGCUGCAGGCACCGUCCAAAGACGCUUCUGGAGCUCGUUAGCUGUUUACAGGAGCUGAACAUAUCCCGGGAGGCCUUAAAGCAGGAGGAGCGUGCCAGACGCAGGGAGCAGUGCCGGCAGCCUGCCAGGGAGCCGACAUGGAGCAGAAGAUCAGCUCUUUCUUUAAUUCCAUCCUGGAUCUCAUCCGUACCAAGCACGAGGAAGGCGUCUUCAACACCGUGUGCCUUGCUGUGCUGAUGGGCCUGCCCUUCGUUGCCCUCAUCGUGUUCAUUUUCAUCUGCUGCCACUGCUGCUUCUGCGGCCGGAGAGGAGCAUGCAGCAAGAAGAGCGGCGCCAGCAGCACUCAGCAGCUCCAUGCCGAGAAGACCAAAAAGAAAAAGAAGAAGAAGGAUGAAGAGGACCUGUGGAUCUCAGCUCAGCCCAAGCUGCUCCUGCUGGACAAGAGGCCGUCGUUGCCGAUAUAGCAGACAGGAGGGUGACCAGGCCCUCCCACACAGACCCUGCCAGUCCUUUCAGCUGUGCGCUCUGAGGGGCAAGGAGAUGCCACAGCUGUUGCCCCCUUUACAGUGACUUUCAAAAGAGGAUGAACUCAAAAGCCAACCAGUGUUGAAGGCACUUGCUGAAGGCAAGGCAGUUGGGCACAUGUUUAUGCAAGCCCCUUUUCCCCCACCCCAACAGCAUGCCUACGGGCAGAAACUUAUGCAAAGGGACACGCAUGCACGCAGACACGUGUGCUGCUGAGCACGCGAGUGACCUGCCGCCAGCCCAUAUGUACCCUCACCUAGAGAUGUGCCUUCGCCACGAGCACAACGCACUUGUAUUGAGCCGGCACUCAGCAAACUCAGUGUGAGCCUCUUUGCACUCGUGUGUGUAAGCGUGUCUGCUGUAGCACAGGCAAGUGUGCACAGGACCACGUGCACUUAAUGACUAAGCUGUCCUUGCACACCCUCGCACAGACAUGGACACCCGCAUGCAAAGCGGGCACACGCACUCCUCAUUCGUGUGCCCUGCCACAGAGAUAGCACAACUUGACCUUCUAAGCUCCAUCCAAAUCCAGACCAUCUUGGAGACGCAAAGAAAGCCGUGUGCAAAAUGAUGUCGCAGCUCAAAAUUGUACUGUUUCCCCACCGCCCCAACCCAAAGGCAACAAGCUUCUGAAGACAGAGACACUCCAACAUCUAUCCCAACCUUAGAAACCUCAAGAUACCGUUUAAGGCAGCAAAGCAGAAGGACGUGCUGCCACCCAGAUGAGUCAGAAAGGCUGCAAGACCAGCCCCUUUGCACCAGCACUGAAAAUCUCCUUGAAAGACUGUUUUAAACAGAUUUGCCUUUAAACAGCCCACCAUGCUGCAGCAGAUGCUGCAUCGCCUCUAUGCUACUGCAAGAGCAGGAACGCAAGCUGAGGCAGCAUAAAUGCUCAGCUGUGGGCAUUGGAGUUAUUUAUUGAAUGACUACUAAAGAGGGGUAGGACCAAAGGCCCCUGCGACACAGGAACUGAUCCAAAGCAGACGCGCUUUCCUGGCGCACGCAGCCGCACACGCGGCCAUGCCCUCUCCUUGCAGCCCGUGCGCCACGUCAGAUGCGCAUGCAGACUCGAGCACGUGCCACUGCCAGCCGAUGCCACGCGGGCAGCUCUUCCGCAGAGCACUUCUGUGCUCCGUCAGGACGGCCGGCUCUGGGAUUUGGGAUGUGCUGCAGGAGCAGGUUCAUACCCACAGUCAUCCUUCACCCAUGUGCACAUCACGUCCCUCCUGCUCAGCUGGACCCUGCACCCAGUUCCAUCUCCAUCCUCAUCUUCCUCCGAGGUGUGACAGCCCAGCCCAGCAGCUGGCCACACCAUCUGCAGCUCUCACCACUGCUGCCUUUGACUCCCUCAACACCUACGUGCCUAGCCCACCACCCGCAGAGCCAGGGGUCUCCUUUGCUCCCCACCACCAAGCUCAGCCCCUGCCAGCAGGAGCAGAAGCUGUGUCACAUCUGGUUUUUGCACUGCAUCUGUACACUAGAUGUUUUCCUCCCACUUACUUCCCCUUUCUAAGCUGCUGAAGCAGAGGGAAGAUGCCAGCCAGAUAUCUGGGGGACAAGAAGCCGAACCCACGAGGACAAGCCUGGAGGGAGCCUGCCAGACACAACUGCUUCCAGCCCUGGAGAGGGCAACGCUGCCUCCGCGAGCUGCCUUCCUCUGGGUCCCGGGGCGUACGCCAGCGCGGGCGGCGGUGAGGGAAAGCCAUCUCUUCGGAGCAGUCACUCCUGCCAGAUGGUCCCAGGGCAGCCCAUUUUGUCCAACUCUGACAGGGUGGUGAUGUCAACAUCAUAUCACAGGGUUUGGCCUUCACUUGGCUGCCUUGGUAGCAGCCUGGAGGCCAGACUCCACAUCACACAGGCCUUCGAAUUGAGCCCAUAUGUGCCUUAUUUUCCAGACUACUUUGUUACCAUUGAAAAAAGUGACUCCCUUCUCCUCCAAAACAGGAAGCGGCAUGUAACACCGAAAACAUUAGGAAUUGCCACACCUAGCCGUAGUGGGAAACGGCCCUGGUCUCCAUCCCAAACCCUCAGUCCCAUCGGGGUCUUGGAGAACCGGCGCUGCGCUCAGAUUAUUCCCUCCCCCUUCGUCCCCGCGUCCAGGAGCCUUUCCCCAGCCCUCCUGCCCCCGCAGCUCCCCAGGUGGGCGAAGCAGCCGCCCCUCCUCCCCCAGGCAGGGGGCUGCCCACGCAGGUGCUUCUGCUGCGAUCCACAGGCAGCAAAAGCCCCAGAGAAAGGGUGUUGCUAUCUGAGGAAAUGGAAAACGCAGAGCUAAGGAAAACGAGACAGGAGGCCUGAUGCUUACCAGGAGAGCACAGCGUACCUGGUGUGCAGCCGUGGUGCUCUGCACAGCUCCCUGCAAAGGGGCCUCCUCCAAAAGCCUUAGUACAGUUUCAGGUGAGGGCAACCAGUUCCUACAAGGACCAGAGAAAGGUCAGGGAAACAUCCGUGUCCCCCUCACAAACAACGCCGCCGAUUACAGGCAUCACAGUGUUCAAAUGCAAGUCAGAAUUUCAAGAGACAGAUUCACCUCUGCAGCAAGCUGAACUGGGCAGGAAGGGAACAAGGAAGGAAACAACUUAACCCAUAUCUACCCCACAUCUACCCGACCUGCACUGUGGCUGAGGCCCAACAUAGCCCCUACAUCUCAGAAAGCAGAGAGCCAACUUUCUUGAGGGCUGUUUUUUAAAAAAAUAAAAUAAUUUAAAAAAUAAAUAAAUCAUGGACUGAAUCAGCCAAGAUAAAGGACCAACGACAGCCUGAGGUGCCCCAGAGCCCACCAUCAUCUGUGGGCUGGGUUGCAGGAACCUUGCAGCACCCACACUAACAAGAAAGCAAGACAAGCAUGGUACAGAAAGUGCUGCAUGGGUCCCAGCUCCUCAGGCACCUCUGCACUGCCUCCCCACAGCUGCGUUUCAGUAUCAGCCUUUUACUUUCCUAAACAGUUCAUGCAACAGGGGAAAUUAAAAAAAAA